CAUGCUAACAGAUAUGGCAGAUAUAUUGUGCCAUUACUUUCCCUAAGCAUUGACUUUUACGUGAGAAUAUUCUUACAAAUCUAUACCUCUCCUCAUGAGGUGAAGAGGAGCGCCAGACAUUCGGAAAGUGAAUAUAACUUCAAUCCGACGGCACCUAAAGUAGACCGUAAAUGCGAGCACUGCGGCUCCACGUACCACAUGGGAGGUCCCAUUUGGUCGGAUCCCAUACAUUCAUCUCAAUUCAUUAGUCAAUUGCAGAAACAAUUAUCCGAUUUUAAUGAACAGGACUUUAAAACUCAUAAACGAAUGCAUGGAAUGCUUCAGGUUUUAAGCGAA